AUGCUGUCUGAUCCAGGGGCAGCAGAACCUCUGUAUAUUCAAAAUGUGCUGGGUCGCGGAGGAUACAAGUUCCAAAAUUGGGCACAAACAUAUGGUUCUAAUCCAGAACUAUAUUUCCAACCGACAAGUGCGGAAGAAGUUAAAGAAAUUCUAGAUCUUGCUCGUCAGAGGACAAAAAGAGUCAAAGUAGUGGGAGGUGGACACUCCCCUUCUGACAUUGCGUGUACUGAUGACUUUAUGAUCAGAAUGGACAAAAUGAACAAAAUUCUAAAGGUGGAUAAAGAAAAGAAGCAAGUGACAGUGGAAGCUGGCAUUCUCCUGGCUGAUUUGAAUAACGAGUUAACCAAGUGUGGCCUUGCUCUGUCAAAUUUGGGAGCCGUGUCUGAAGUAGCUGCCGCUGGUGUCAUCGGAACAGGAACUCAUAACACAGGAAUUCAACAUGGGAUACUGUCCACCCAGGUGCUGGCACUGACUCUGAUGACUGCAUCAGGAGAGAUUCUGGAAUGCUCCGAGUCUGUGAAUGCAGAAUUGUUUCAGGCGGCCAGACUGCACCUCGGUUCUCUUGGAGUAAUACUAACUGUUACCCUGCAAUGCAAGUCCUCAUUCCACCUGCAAGAGGUCCAAUUUGCAUCUACACUCCAAGAGGUUCUUGACAAUCUUGAUACCCACUUAAACAGUUCAGAAUAUUUCCGUUUCUUUUGGUUUCCGCAUACGGAAAAUGUCAGCAUCUUUUAUCAGGAUCCUACAGACAAGCCUCCAGUAUCCAAAGCUAACUGGUUUUUGGAUUGCUUUGUGGGAUAUUAUCUGCUUGAGUUCCUGCUAUGGAUAAGCACAUUUCUACCAAGACUGGUACCUGGUAUCAAUCGUUUCUUCUUCUGGCUCAUGUUUUCGGGAAGAAGUGAACAUUCCAACAUCAGUUAUAAAGUAUUCAAUUUUGACUGUCUUUUUAAGCAGCACGUGCAGGACUGGGCAAUUCCCAUAGAAAAAACUAAGGAUGCGUUACAACAACUUAAGGGCUGGCUGGAGAAAAACCCCAAUGUAGUGGCUCAUUUCCCUGUUGAAGUUCGCUUUGCUCGUGGAGAUGAUAUCUUACUGAGCCCAUGUUACAGCCGUGAUAGUUGCUACAUGAACAUCAUUAUGUACAGGCCUUAUGGGAAAGAUGUGCCACAUCAAGAAUACUGGUUAGAAUAUGAGACCAUCAUGAAAAGAGUUGGAGGAAGACCCCAUUGGGCCAAGGCUCACACGUGUACCCGUAAGGAUUUCCAAAAGAUGUAUCCAGGAUUCGCAAAGUUUAACAGCAUCAGAGAAAAACUUGACCCGACAGGAAUGUUUAUGAAUGCCUACCUGGAAAAAGUAUUUCACUGAAGAAAAGACACCGAUAUAUAAUUCAACUUGUUUUAUGUUUUAAAUAAAUAAAAAAGGUAGAUCCCACCCCAAGUAUAAAUGUAAAGAGCAGAGGUUAUGGAAAUAUGUAUGCUAGAUUGCUAUCUACAAAUUACUAUCUACAGAUGCUGGCAGGAUAUAAAACCUACACAUUUUAUUUCAUGAUUCAUAAAGAGCAUGCAGUUUUAAAUAACAUUACAAUACUUAAAUUAUCAAAAAAAACAACAUUUUCUUAUUAUCCUUUGUUGAAAAGCAGGGAUGUAACUCCAGAAGCGUGCAUAUCUCUGCAGCAUUAUAUGGCAACAGUUUUGUAAAAAUGGUAUACACUACAGUAGAUGGCAGAACACUUUCCUGUCAUGUAGUGCUGUACACAUGUGCACGCUACCUAUCUAGACAUCUCUUCAACAAAGAAUAACAUGAGAUCAGUGUAAAUUUGAUAAUAAAAGUGAACUGGAAACUUUUCUCAAACUGUAUGCUCUGAAUCAUGAAAGAAAAUGUUUGGGUUUCAUGUCCCUUUAACCCCCAUGAGAAACUUACACCCUAUAACUGCAUAUAUGCAGGUUUUUAUUAACCCAGUUGGUGUCACAGCCAAUCAGAUGCCAUGCUACCCGUCAUAUCCCUGCACUCCAAGCUCUAUAGAUGUCAGAUCACAUUAUAGGGCGCGUGGUCUGUUCUUAGAGUCAGUGACAGUCAGUAUGAUGUCUGAUUGGCUUAAUGCUGAUGUUAGUUUACAGAAUCCUGUCUCAGGCUAAGGCAGCUCAUAGGUGUCGGUUAAAGAGCACUCACAGGGGUUAAAAUAUUUAGAUAAAUGAAAUGAUAUUAUUUUAAUUACAGACAGGGCAUGUUAUCAGUGUAAUGUUGCAGAUACAAUGCAUUCAAAUCUGUAAUAUAAAGUCUUUUCAUUGGUAGUUCCAAUAAUCACCUACAUUAGACUAUAAAGAUAUCUGGCGUUACUACAAGUUGUUAAGUUUACAAUUGAAAUGUGAUCUAUUUAUUAGUCAGUAAACAGCUCCAGGAAUCCAGUAGAAUGCAAUGAAACGUGAUGGUCUAAACAUAACUAUGACUUGCUAUUAACCAAUUAUUCAUCAAUUCAUCCAAAGCAAAAUACUGUAUCAAAAUAAAGAACAAUAAACUGGAAUUUUAUGGAAAA